CCGGCGGGAGCCUUACAUGGUCUAGAGGCCGCCUCGAAAAGAACAGAGGCCCGAGAAGGUUAAGCUCCUCGCCAUCAACCUCAGAGGUCAGAUGUCGCAGCUUUCUUUUAACCAGCCAUUGUGGCUCCACCUUCCUGACCUUUGGAGGGGCCGAGACGUCGGUCGGUGGCUAUCACGUAGAAUCUCUCUGGCUUUGCCCUAUGGCUCCUUCAUUCACAAAACCGAGGCAUGUGAAGCCCUAUAAAUAGAGGCGAGGAGCAGCUGGGCUCUCUUGGCAGUCACCAUGAGGACGCUGGUCCUGCUCUGCUGCUUUGUGGCGUCGCUCCUGCUCCCAGGACAAACAGAACUGCAAGUUUCUGCUUCGGGUGGCACAGAAGAUGUUGGCAAUUUGUUGGAGAAUCAUUUCUCUGCUGGAGAAGCAAGUCUAGAGGAGAAGGAAAGGGCGCUUUAUGCGGAGGCGGCCCCUCGAGAGAAGACCCUGCUCCUUCACUCCCAGGAUGGCAGGGAGGCUGAGAGCUCGGAGCAGACAGCUGCUGGGGCCCCCGCCGGCACAGGCCCGGGCUCUGGUCCCGAAGCCCGCCUCUCCAAUGCCUCAGCCUCAGAGUCAGCUGCCCCCGGGGAUCCUGCGGGACCUGGGGAGGAAGAAGAGGGCCCACCGGGAGCCAGCACCCUUCCAACAGAAGGGGAGGGCGGGCCUGGGGAAGAGCUGGGGUUGGGAGAGGGCCCAGGACAGGAGGGGGCUGCCGGGGAGGCUGAAGGGCAGGCUGGGAGUGGUGUGGUCCUUGAGGAGGCGGAGGAGGUCCUAGGGGACCACCCCGUGCAGGGGGUGGCAGGAGGGACUGCGCAGCCGGAAGGCUCGGGGGCCUCUCCCGGCAUGGAGGUCACAGAGGUCCACGCCCCUGAGACACGACAGGAGGACAGCCCAGAGCCUGAUCGGGGGCCAGAAGUGCCAGAUGGAGUCUUGGACACGGACACAGCAGCCAAGGAGGGGGCCGAGGACCAGGGGGAGCCCAGCCACAGCCCAGCCUCGGAGACCGGCCAUGCACAGAGCUUUGAGGCAGGGGGCACCCAGGAGGGCCACCCCCCCAAGGCCCAGACACCAGGGCUAACUGAGGAGGGCCUGGACGAGGCCUCCUCUGAAGAAGAGAGCGGUGACCACAGUGGAGGCGAGGAGGAAGGAGCUGCAUCCGAAGAAUCUGAGGAGGACAGUGGCGACGGGGAGAGUUCAGAAGAAGCAGGGGAUGCCUCGGAGGAAGCUGGGGAGCCCCAGGAAGCAGCAGGAACCGAGAGCCUUGGAGAUGAAGGGACCCAGCUGCGCGCUGAGGAAUUGAAUACAGGGCCCAAGGGGGACGAAGCGGAGGGGCCUCAGGAAGAGGUGGAGGAUGUGAGUGAAGAAGCCCCGAUGAGGGACCGCUCCCACAUUGAGAAAACUUUGAUGCUGAAUGAGGACAAGCCAGUAGAUGAUUACUCUGUGGUGCUGCAGCGGCUUCGAAAGAUCUACCAUUCAUCCAUCAAGCCCCUGGAGCAGUCUUACAAAUACAACGAGCUUCGGCAGCAUGAGAUCACAGAUGGGGAGAUUACUUCCAAGCCCAUGGUGCUGUUCCUGGGACCGUGGAGUGUUGGCAAGUCCACCAUGAUAAACUACCUCCUCGGGUUGGAAAACACUCGCUACCAGCUCUAUACAGGUGCCGAGCCCACCACCUCUGAGUUCACUGUCCUCAUGCACGGACCCAAGCUGAAAACCAUUGAGGGUAUUGUCAUGGCUGCCGACAGCGCCCGGUCCUUCUCACCCCUCGAGAAAUUUGGCCAGAAUUUCCUAGAGAAGCUAAUUGGCAUCGAGGUUCCCCACAAACUUCUGGAGCGGGUCACUUUUGUGGAUACACCAGGCAUCAUUGAGAACCGCAAGCAGCAAGAAAGAGGUUACCCCUUCAAUGACGUGUGCCAGUGGUUCAUCGACAGAGCGGACCUCAUCUUUGUUGUCUUUGACCCCACCAAGUUGGAUGUGGGUCUGGAGCUGGAGAUGCUCUUCCGCCAGCUGAAGGGACGUGAGUCUCAGAUCAGAAUCAUCCUGAACAAGGCUGACAACCUGGCCACGCAGAUGCUCAUGCGGGUCUAUGGGGCCCUCUUCUGGAGCUUGGCCCCACUCAUCAACGUCACAGAGCCCCCCAGGGUUUACGUCAGCUCCUUCUGGCCACAAGACUACAAGCCCGAUACCCACCGGGACCUGUUUCUCAAGGAAGAGAUCUCUCUCCUGGAAGACCUGAACCAGGUGAUUGAGAACAGGCUGGAGAACAAGAUCGCCUUCAUCCGCCAGCAUGCCAUCCGGGUCCGCAUUCACGCCCUCCUGGUCGACCGCUAUCUGCAGACUUACAAGGACAAAAUGACCUUCUUCAGCGAUGGAGAGCUGGUCUUUAAGGACAUUGUGGAAGACCCUGACAAAUUCUACAUCUUCAAGACCAUCCUGGCAAAGACCAACGUCAGCAAGUUUGACCUUCCCAACCGCGAGGCCUACAAGGACUUCUUUGGCAUCAACCCAAUCUCCAGUUUCAAGCUGCUGUCUCAGCAGUGCUCCUAUAUGGGGGGCUGCUUCCUGGAGAAGAUUGAGCGGGCCAUCACACAAGAGCUCCCCGGCCUCCUGGGAAGCCUCGGGCUAGGGAAGAAUCCAGGUGCUCUCAACUGUGACAAAACAGGGUGUGGCGAAACCCCAAAGAAUCGCUAUAAGAAACACUAGGUCGUUGUGUAGCUGUUUGGGGUUCCUGUUGGUGGAUGAGCUUGUGUCCUAACUGUCUGAGAAGUCCUGGUUUAUUAACCCUUUGAGCCACACUGGCAAGAAUCAUUACACACCGGAGAUUUGGGAGUUAGUUGAGGCCAGUGGUGGGGGAGGGUGUGGGUCGAGGGAGGCGCGAGGAAACUGUGAAUUAUAGUGUGCCCGUCUUGUUGCUUCAGUGGGGGGCCUGGCUGAGGCACGUCAGGCCCUGCUGGCUUUUCCUGGGUCCUGUCGCAAAGGGACAGAGAGCAGCUAAAUUCUAGUGUAUACCGAGGUGAUGAGCGUCAAGCUGAAAGCAGCUGAAAUUCCUUUUUACCCCUCUAAGCUGGGAAAAUAGGGAAGACUUGAUUUCUGUAGGGCUGCUCAGGUCCUUCGUGGCUUCCUCCCACGCAGUCGUCCGCUGGUCCUCCAGCCCUCGCCUGCUCCUCAGCAUGGGUUGGCUUCAACAGGGGACAUUCUCUUGGGUCUGAAUCCACCUGGGUUUCGAGCCUACUCCCAGGCCCUCCUUCCUGCUUCCUCAAGGAGUGGGGGAACGGUUUAGGAUACCAGAGCACUAAGAGAGAAUAGGAGUCCCCCAGGCUAGGAGAAGGAGCUGCCUCCCCCUGCCAUUUCUCCGAUGUAGUCUUCUAAGCCAGAUGGGAAGCUUGGUCCCUUUCUUGGCCCCAAGAGGAGGCUGAGUGUUCCACGUAUUCAGGGAACUUACUUCUUGGAAGUGACUUCAGUGAAAGUACCAGAAGGGGCUCAGAGGGUUAAUUGGUUUGCAGUGUGUCUUUGUCUAUUGCAUGUCUUGGAAAACUCGGACCCCAAAGGCGUUGGGUUUCAGAGGGGACAGUGGAAACCUUGCUCCUUUUCUUGAGGGUCUUCUCUGGGCAGCCCAUCUCCCCCAAAUGAGGAGGAGGCAGUUUCCACACCUUCUCUGCAGAGACGCUCUGCAGAAGAGUCUUUCCCUCCUGGUUUUCAUGCCAUGGCUUUUCCUUCCCCUUCUUCUCCAUUCCCUGAUGUGCCAACACUCAAAACUCAGAGUGAUUUCCCACGAGUCAGAACCAGCGCCAGCCACUUGGUGUGGGUGGCAAGCAAGGCUUCCAUUUCAGUUUUCCGCCUGAACUUGAUACUGAUUCCUACCACAUGUAGCACAGGGCAGCCAGGGCCUUCAAGGACCGAUGAGCGUGAAUAUGCAUCUGCUGCCUUGUCCAAGUGAGAUGAGGGAGAUAGCAGAGGCCAGAAGGCAUGGAGGAAGAAUGAGCUGUGAGGGUCCUGCCUGGCUGGUGGGCAACCUUGGAGGGCAGCGGGGGAUGGAGGGAAGGAGCCUUUUGACAAAAAGCAGGUGGGUGAACAGUUUGUGCAAAUCCGGGAGACCUGGCCCAGGGCUGCCCCGAGCGGCACCUUUGGCCUCCUGAGCCAGCCUCCUUUGGGAGCGAGCGAUCUGGGGGGCUUCACCAUGAGGCCUGGGUUAGGGCCCACCAGCACCAGGAGGUCACCUUGGACCAGAAGGAAAGCGAAGAUGAAGGCAGACGGGAGGCACUCUGAGGGCUAGGCCGUGGAAGCAAAUUGGUCAUCGAUCAGAUCAGGUCCCCAUGAAGAAUUCGGAAUUCCUGCUUCCCAGAGUGAUUAGCACUCAGGUGCGUGCUGCAGCAGGACCUGGAACCUCCUGCAGGACAACCAGAGGCCCCAAAGCCUCCAGGACAUUGUUUCCAAGGACAGAGCCCAGCAGAGCACCAGGCACCUGCUGGGACACCCAAGGAGCCUGGUCACCAGGGCCUGAUGAGCUGCUUUUCUUUUCAUUAAAAACCAACCCUUGCCUCACCUCCCCAUCAGGUACCCUCUCAAGAGUCUGCCCUCCCACCUUGCUCCUUAAUGUUCCCCGUGCCCUCAAGCUGCUCUUGCGUAUCUGGUUUUCUCCGGGCAGCGGGGCCGUACUAAGUGCAGAACUGUCGUAGCAGCCGAUGCCCCCGUCGCUUUGGGGGAAGCGGGUGGAAGGAGGCCAGUACAUUCAUACAGGAUCUAUGUUUUCACGGGGGGGGGGCGGGGGGGUGACGUUAUCAGUGUGAUCCGUUCUCCCUUUCUUCGUUCCAUCCAUUUGCCUUUUCUUACUCCUGUUCCUCUGCUCUCUCGUUGACCUGCCUUUUCUCUAAAUUGCUGGUUGGCUCGUCAGCCAGUCCUCCUGGGCUUUCAGUGUUUUUUGGGCCCCUGCUCUGUGGAUGUGGAUUUCAAGCAGAAUUCUGACUCUUUGGGGGGGGGAUUGGGAUCUGGGGGUAAAUUUAGGAUCCAGAGAUUCCCCCCCCAAGCGGAGUUAUCUGUAAGUAUUUGUGCCUGAACGGUUGCUGUUUCUCUCCAAAGUGGAAACUUUCCAGUGUUCUUGCCAUUCUGAUUUCAUCAGGGAGGAAAUCUCAAUAAAGUUCAGUCU